AUGGUACAGGAGCUCGCUGAACCUGGGACAAUCGAUAUCCGAGAUAGCGAAUCCACAGUGUCAGCACGCAACUACCUCAUACAUACGAGACAUGCUCCCGACAUCGAGGUCGAGGAGGUGGAGGAGGAAUGGACCACUCCGGUCCGUGAGUCAGGUGGGGAAGAAGAGGAAGCGGAAGGGAGUGGGACGGAUUCGGUCGACGACUCCCAAUUGAACGAACCCUUCUCAUGCGAAGAUUUAGUCUCGAGGGUCGCCAAAUCUGACUUCACCACCUUCGUGAGAUCUUUUGCUAACUCGCUUUUUGUUGUUAUCGCAGAUAGACCAGCUCGACCAACUCUUGACUCGACUAGAAAGGAGACAGCUGAAAUUCUCGGGAGUCUUCCGGUACAAGAUCGCGACUGGCGAUUACUGUGCACAACUGCGAAAUUGCGAGAACACCAGCUGAUCCCUGAGAACGCGAGUCUUCAACGGGAGCCAGUAUAUAAAGAACCAUCUGAGAAGCAGCAAGAGCGGAUUGACAAACGUCUUUCUAAGCAAACUCCUCGGCAAAUUUCAGACAUGACUUUUUUGAAGUCUGCCCCCGUCCUGAAAAUCAAGCAAAAGGGUGGAACACCGGCGACUUCGCCGGUCGUCGCCCAAAAGAGGAAGAGCGAUGUGAUGGCUUCGCUUGUCGCAGAUUCUUCCAAGAAGUUGGCCAAGACUACUCAGGAUAAGGGGAAGAAAGUCGUCAUCGACUCUCCAGUUCGUGCUCGCGACUUCCUGGCCAUGCAGGAAAAAUUCUGGUGA